AUGGCAGCAACGUCGGGAACCCCGGUAGCUGCUUAUGCGAAGAAAGCUCUUACUGAAUGUCCUGCAAAUGUAAGAGAGGCUGUAGACUGGAUAUUACGAGUUAGAGGGAAAGACGGCAGGGGCGCGGAUGGAACGACUGAUGAAAAGGCUAUAAAGGGAUUGGCUGGGGCUGCUGCAGAACAACUAAGUUGCGUUGAACCAUACGUGCAGGGUGAGGAUAGGGAUGUUUUUACGAGCGUACUAGAUGCAUUGAGAGAGAACGAGGGCGCCAAUGGGUUGAUCGCCAAAUUGUCAAAGAAGCUAGCCGGAUUCGUCGGAUACACGAAUUCUCCGCCCGGUGGCAAGUGGGCAUUGGGGACAAGUAAAGGCAUCGGCAAGAAUGAUCGUACCGGCAAUGAUACAUAUAAAACAGUUUACGGGGAUUCUUCAUGGAACCCUGCUGCCAAUAAAGUAACUACAUGCGCCAAAAUAUUUUUGGGCAUUAUCCCACUCCUUUUCUCAGGCCUCAGCUACCUCUAUUGGCAGUGCAAUAAGGGUAAGACGCCGAAGACCAACGAUAGGUGGGCCAACCAGCAAAUCAAUGAGGAGAAUGAUACAAUAUGUACCUCCCUACAGUCCAUGGGAUACAUUAUCUCCCAGCUCGAUGAUAAAGGUGGCACCAAGGUGGCUGGUACUGACGUUGCAGGAUUGCUUGUUGUCUUCAAGCAGUUCGGUGAAUGCACAUCUGUUUCGAAUAGUAGUAACAACGACACCACAGUUGUGCAAGGUUCUUUUGCCGAAUUUGUGGAGUAUUUACAUGAUAACGACGUUAAGAAAAAAACUGGGCAAGGCCACGAUGUUAAGCGACACCCCCUAGCUUGUCUUUAUAUCGCCGCAGAGACUUAUUUCCAAGUCAUUGAGCAGAGGGACACGAAAUUACACGAGACAGAUAAACGUUUACCUUCAAGUAUUCGUGAGAUGUUAUAUUGGCUGAUGGUGCUACCGUAUACGCCAGUCUACUGGCAAUUGGAACGUCGCAUCGAAGAAGCGUGCACUAAUAGUUCUGGCACUGUCACCGUAGAGUUCUACAAGGGGGCAAAUGAUCACUUCCACCUUGAAUCUCACUCUGUAAACUAUUAUUUGCGCGUACCGUGUUACUAUGCCGGGUUCGUAUUGAUGGCAAUACAAGGUGGUAUAACGGGUGAUACCGAUACGACGCACCGUAAUACACCCAGUGAUGCUGUUAUUAUCUACGACAUAUAUUGUAAUACAACCUUUAACUUUCUUUAUCCAAGCAGUGUUUCGGAAUGUUACAAGGUGCUGUCGGAUGUAGUGUUUGCGCUGUAUUUUCAAUGCUACUUUCUCCAAGAACGGUGUCGAACGUGUCCGUAUAAAGCGUGUGGACGGGCGUGGUGCACAUAUGGUAAAGGUGUGAGCUGUUACAAUGUGGCUUCUUGGAAAUGUACAAUAACUGAUACGGCCGACAAACCUGGUGCAGGGGAACCGCUGCACGAUACAGCCACUGGUAAUUGUCUACAUUGGAAGAACCACAUCAGUAAAUGCGGUAAAGGUGUUCCAACGUCCAACCCAUCACCCCUCCAGGUAUUUUUAACUGAUGAAUUGGGUGGAUUGAAAUGCGUUAAUGAGGAGCCACAGCAUGUGAAAACCAAGCCUGUUAACAGAAACUCUCCCUAUCACGAACACACCGAUCAUCUUACCCGUUCUCAAUGGUGCCACAUCCCUAUGGGAUUCGAUGAGUCAAAUUUUAUCACUAGUAGGCACGGGCGCCACCUUUAUCUCGUUUUAUGGUACUACACAGAUGCAAGUGUAACCCACUCUAGUCUAUGCCAAUUAGCGUGGUGUGUCUUUUGUGUGAAAUUACAUACUCCAAGGACAACAGGGGAUCUGUUUGCAUUUUUCUAUUUUAUAGCUGACAAAUACAAUGUGUCUGUUAGGGAUAAAGUUGCAGGUGCGAAGCAAAUGAAGGAUGUCCUUAUAGGAGCAAUCGAUGGUUAUCCUGGCUAUCAUAUCAGUGAAUCCACCAGUGACGGUAGAGUUCUUACCAAUCGUUUCCAAGAACUCCACAGUGGUGAUCACCCUCGGAAUGGUAGUAAACAUGAAUCUCUGCAAAGUCUAUAUUUUUGUGGAGAAUUUGCUGAGCCUUAUUUGUCAUGGAUAAUCUAUUUGACCGAAGAUUUAAAGACUGGAUUAGAGCAGUUGCUAACUGAGUUCAGAAGCAUUGAUUGUUCGAAAAAUGGCGGAUGUAAGCACACUAAGGGCCCCAAGUGCACAACAGACUGUCAUAACGACAAAUCUCACUGCCAAUGCGACACCAUCGUUCAAUGUGCGGGGGCGCUUUACGUGUUUUACCGAUUUGGGUUCACAUUCGAAAAUGUCCAUGCGUUGAAUGGAACCGCAAAGGAGGAAAACCCGGGCACAGGGAUAAAGAAAUACCAACACCAGUGUUCCGACUUCUCCACCCAACUAAGAACUGUCCUCGACAGUGACCUAUUUUCAAAACUCCUGGAAGCUAUAUAUACUUUCCUCAAAAAUAUUCGCCUACCUUUCGUAUUAUAUCUCCUAACAUUUUGGCUUGUAGUGGUUGCCUAUCUAAGCUACGGUUUAACCAUCCCGUUGGACCUACUGUACAUUCGAUCUCAUUGGAGACUGGCUAGAAGCCAUAAAGUGACACCUCUCUUUUUAUUAUCACAAAAGCUGUUACCCAGCAUGAUAGAUUAUUUAAACCAUGAAACACCGGGGUGUUCGAAGGUACUGCGCAUUUCAACACGCCAUUAG